AUGGAGGGUUUUAAAGCGUCUAUUGGCAUGGUUCCCAAACCUGUGCAAGGCGCAAUUGCAUUUGUCGGUGUGGUUUUUUUAGGGAGCAAGCUCUUCUCGAGCUUGGCUUUCUUCUUCAACUUGUUCAUCCUUCGUGGAACCGAUCUACGGAAAUAUGGAGGUAAGGGUACUUGGGCUGUUGUCACAGGUGCUUCGGAUGGCCUCGGCAAGGAGUUUGCUACGCAGCUAGCUUCCAAGGGCUUCAAUAUUGUCCUCAUAUCCCGCACCCAAUCCAAACUCGAUACCCUCGCAGAGCAACUGCAGAAGAAGUAUGCCUCGUCUGGUAUACAGACGAAGGUUCUAGCCAUGGAUUUCUCCAAAAACGACGACGCAGACUACGAUAAACUGGCCCGGCUUGUUAGCGGCCUCGACAUUGCUAUACUGGUCAACAAUGUAGGACAAAGCCACAGCAUUCCCGUCCCGUUCCUUGAAACUACCAAAGACGAACUCCAGGAUAUUGUGACGAUCAAUUGUUUGGGCACAUUGAAAACAACAAGGGUCAUCGCUCCGGGAAUGGUACGGCGCAAGCGCGGGCUGAUCCUAACCAUGGGGUCGUUUGGAGGCUGGAUGCCAACGCCCUAUCUUGCCACGUACAGUGGCAGCAAAGCCUUUCUACAACAUUGGAACUCGUCGCUGGCCGCGGAGCUCAAGCCGAGUGGUGUCGACGCAUACCUCGUACUGAGCUACCUAGUCGUGUCAGCAAUGAGCAAGGUCCGUCGUUCGAGUUUCCUGAUUCCCAAGCCAGAUGCGUUUGUGCGGUCCGCACUAAGGAAGAUUGGCCGUGGGUCACAAGCAUUUGCAUUCACAUACACGCCAUUCUGGACGCAUGCAAUCAUGCAAUGGGCUGUAGAGAAUACUAUAGGUGUGGGAAAUAGUGCUGGCAUCUGGUAUAACUCAAAGAUGCACAAGGGCAUCCGCAGCAGGGCUCUUCGGAAGGCGUCCCGCGAGGCGAAGAAGGCCUAG